AUGCAGGCGUCCCUGACUUCGCGCGCUCCGGCCGCGCCGCGCUGCGCGCGAGCGGUGUCGCACAGCGCGACCCGCGCCCACGCAGCGCGGCCGCCCGCGUCGCCGGCGUCUGCCGCGGCACCCGCGCAACGUGCGCAUAUCGGGACGACCGUCUGCGGGGGCUCCAUGAGCGGUUCGAGGCGGUUAGCGCCGCGCGUUGCUCUCCCAGAGCAACCAACACGCCGCGGACCGGCAGCUCCCUGCGCCACAGCCGACAAACAGCUCAGAAAGCGCAGGUCGAACCACACAGGGGUCUAUCUCCUCCUCCUCCUGAACACCGUGAUAUUCGUCGUCGAUAGGGUGCUGCACCAGCAGUGGGUCCAGAUGCUCUACCUGAACCACGCGGCGCCGAUUUGGUGGCAGUUCAUCACCUGCUGCUUCUGCCACGCGUCCUGGGACCACAUCAGCUCGAACCUCUUCCUCCUCCUCGUCUUCGGCCGUCUCGUCGAGGAGGAGGAGGGCGCGCUCGGGGUCUGGGCCACCUACCUCAUCGCCGGCGUCGGCGGCGCGCUCUCCUCCUUCAUCUUCACGCCGCAGGCCCAGGGCGGCGCGGCCAAGGCGGCGGUGGUGUCCCUCGGCGCGUCCGGCGCCGUUUUCGGCUUGUUCGUGGUCUCGGUGCUGGUCCGGCUGGCUUUCGACCUCCGGAAGCUGCUCGAAGGGGCGAUUCUGGGCCAGUUUGUAUACAAGCAGCUCGCGCAGGAGGCGCAGCUCCAGCUCGCGGGCGCGGGCGCCGCGACGGGCGUGUCGCACGUGGCGCACCUGGGCGGCGCGCUGGCGGGGGUGUUUCUGAUCCUGCUGCUGUCCCGGAUCGCCCCCGCGGACGACGGCGCCGUCGGGGCGCGGUGA